UCAACAAGACAGCUAGUUUCGUUACUCAUUAUUCCACAGUUUCCGCACUGCUUUCCUCUAUCUUCUUUCUUCUUUCUUCUUUCUUAAUUCAUUUUUCUCUUUGAAGCUCAUUCAUGGCUUCUCUGCCCUCCUGUCCUCCUUUGCAUUACCACACUUUCCUAGCUUCUUAACCAUAGUUGGGUAUUUUUUCUCUUUUCUUCUUGUUUUGCAACCUUAUUUUUUAAGUGAACGAAAGAUUAUGAGGGCCGGGGUGUCUCUCAAGCACAGUCCCAGCAUGUUACUCCUCGAGCUGUUUAUGUUUCUUGCAUGCUUCCAUGAAUGUUUAUCCACCCCGACGGAUCAUCUGAAAAGUUAUAUGUUAACAGAUAGGGGAGCAGAUGCUUUUUUACCUGAAAUUACUCCGAGUGCAUCUCCUCAGCCAUUUCUGCCUCUUCUUGCGCCCUCUCCACUGACACCCUUCACGAAUAGUACUGUUCCAAAAUUAUCAGGAGACUGUAUGUUAAAUUUCACUGCUGCUGAGAACUUGAUGACCAUGACCUCAACCGAUUGUUUUGCUGCAUUUGCUCCAUUGUUGGCAAAUGUAAUAUGUUGUCCACAGCUACAUGCAACUCUCGUGAUACUUGUUGGCCAAUUAAGUAAAGAGACUGGUGUGCUUGCCCUAAACAGAACCAUCGCCAAGCCUUGCCUCUCAGAUAUUGAGCAAGUCUUAGAAGGCCAGGGUGCUGAUGAAAAUCUCAAGCAGGUUUGCUCAGUUAUUCCAUCAAACCUCACUGAAGCAUCUUGCCCGGUAAAAGAUGUUGAUGAGUUUGAGAACACUGUGAAUUCAUCUGAGCUUCUUGCUUCAUGUGAAAAGAUUGACCCUGUGAAAGAAUGUUGUGACCAAGUUUGUCAAGGUGCCAUAUCAGAUGCUGCAACAAGACUUGCACUGAAAGCUUCUGAUCCUUUGAGCAUGGAUGGGUCCCACAUUUUACCUGAGCACUCGACAAGGGUAAAUGAUUGUAAAACUGUCGUUCUUCGGUGGUUGGCAAGUAAACUUGACCCUUAUCGUGCAAAGGAAGUCCUUAGAGGACUAACAAAUUGCAAUGUUAACAAAGUUUGCCCUCUUGUUUUCCCCAAUAUGAAGCAUGUUGCAAACAGCUGUGGAAAUGUAAUAAGUAACCCGACAACUUGUUGUGAUGCUAUGGAUAACUAUGUGUCUCACUUGCAAAAGCAGACCCUUGUCACCAACUUACAAGCAUUGGAUUGUGCUACCUCUCUAGGUUUGAAGCUACAGAAAUACAAUAUCACCAAAGAUGUUUAUAGCCUCUGUCACAUAAGCCUAAAGGAUUUCUCCCUUCAAGUUGGAAGUCAGGCAUCUGGAUGCCUUCUUCCAAGCUUGCCCUCUGAUGCGACGUUUGACAAGUUCUCUGGAAUCAGUUUCAUUUGCGAUCUGAACGAUAAUAUUCCAGCCCCAUGGCCAAAUCCAUCACUUUUACCCACUUCAUCAUGCAAUAAAACUGUAAGAAUCCCUGCACUACCUGCAGCUACAAAUGCACAAAGUGGUCUUUACAAUGAAAAUGUUGCAAUUUAUCUUCUCAUCGCUUCUUCGAUGACCAUGAUGAUGCUCUUACAGUUCUAGUUUUCAAGGCCGAUUCAAUCUUUAUCCAUAACUGCAUGAUAUAAAUCAGACCUCUUUGACCAAGGACAAAUGGAUGAAAUCUUCUCAAGUUUUACAGCGAGACGAGUAAGACCCCUGUUAAUGAAAAGUUUACUCAGUGUCGAUGCUUAACCAGGUACAGACUCUCAUUACUUGACGAAUCUUGCAUUUUGUCUGUAAUAAUAUUCUGUAAAAAGCAACAUGUAUCUAUACAAGUAUUGGAUUAUACCA